GGUAAAUUCACCAGAGCACGCAAUGAAAAUAAUAGGAAUGCCAGUGAACGUUGAGCAGCACGAGUAGAAGGAAUGAAAAUUUCGCAGACUCUGAUGCAGUUAUCGCGUGGCGGAAUAUGUAAAAAAUUAAUAACAAUGUAGAAAUAGGGCGACGUUCGUAUUAAAAAUAAUUGGAAAAACAAUAUCCUUUCAAGUUAACGUUGAGUUGAAGCUGACAACGGCGUAUUUGUGCUAGUGAUAACCGUUGUGUAAGCGUAUUAUAAGUUGAACGUUUUCACUUGUCGCAAAACUGCAGAGGACUGUGCAAAAGUGUGUCGUCAACGACAUGUUUUCCGUCAUCCAAUUGGAGCAAUAGGGUGUAACCACUACGUCAUUGUAAUCUGCUAAUUGAACAGGAGCAGUGUGUCUUUAUGUUGGUGCCACGAUGGAGACAUGCAGGACAUGUGCGAGAUGUGAUUUUGAGGAUGAAACCAAGUGGUUCGAUUUAUUUCAUACAACGCGCUGUACGCGUGAAGUCGAAGAGAUGCGUGUGGAGUUCAAUAACUGGCAUUUGCAGAUAUCACCCAAUGACGGCCUGCCACAGAAAAUCUGCUCGGAUUGUUUUUCGAAAUUUUGUAAUGUUUUCACCUUUCGCAUGCAAUGUCAGCAAGCGCAAGUGAAGUUAAAUAACAUCUUUGACAAAAUCGAAACACAAAGCAUGGAUGACGAACGAUUCGAUGAAAAUCUCGAAGAAUUGAGUGCACAGCUUCUGCGUAUCGUGGAGGAAAAUGCACGACAACAAACGAACACAACCAUUAAUGAACAAAACUGCCAACUAGAUAAUUGUGAUGACAAUGCUGUGGCUUCGACUAAUGUCACCCCCUCAGCAGCAGCCAUUGUAAUGUUGAAUAUGCUCAAUGAAAACAGUACUAAUAACUGCACCACCGCCAGUUGCAGCGCGAACGGAGUACGUGAGGUAGUAUCAGAGGACGCUGCUGCUGCUGCUGAUGUGCCAGCUAUCCAAACAGAGGUUUCAACUAAUACAAUCGAAGACACCUUCUUAGCAAAAACAGUGCCAAUAAGGAAUGUGGAUAAUACAAGUGCUGCCACCAUAACUGAAGCUAACUUUUACACUGCCAGCGAUAAAUGUCAAAGUGAAGCGGAUAUACGAAUGCCAAAGUUGUUGGCUCUUGCCGUUCCUUCGGUGACCGUUGACAAAGAACUAGAUGAGGUGGUAAUAGCGGAGAGAAAUAAGCCUAAUAAGCCUAAUAAAGAUAUGACAUUAGAAAUGGAGAACGGGAAGGGAAACGAAGAAGAUUUAGGAGUAGGAGAAGAAGAUAUAGAUGAAGAUAUACAUUUACAUGUAGAUGAUAUAAUUGAGGAGGAUUUUACUCCUGACGAGGAGCAGGAAGAGACGUCAGUUGCGGCAGAUAGGCUUUUGAAUCAUGACACCGCCCAAAAUGGAAACUAUUUAACACAUAUGAAUGGACAUAUGGCGCAAACGGCAAGUUAUACCAAAGAUAAUUUCACCGUUGAUAAUGAUUACGAUGAUGAGGAUGAUGAUGACGACGAUGAUGAUGAUGAUGAGAAUGCCUAUUACGAUGAAGAUGAAGGUGUACUAGAAGCAUUCGAACCAGUCGCACUCCCCACGAAUACUUAUAAUACAAACAACAAUACCAUAUUAACACAAUCCCAAUUGGUCUUUCAAACAUCUGCCAAUAAAAAUUGUUACAACUCACAACAGGAGCCAGUAAAUAUUGUUUUCGAGUGUAAAUACUGCCACAAAACAAAGAAUGUGCCUAGCACACAUUUCGAAACCCAAAAGGCGCUACUUGAACACAUAACCAAUGCACACGAUGCGGAAUAUCCAUUUACCUGCCCCCAACGCGGUUGCACGGAGGGUUUUCGGGACGCCGCCUCACGCACGGUCCACAUGAAAAGCGAGCACGUGGCCAAGCAUUAUGAGUGUGAUGUGUGCGGCAAAAAAUAUGCUGAUCGCUUUAAUUUACGACAUCAUUUUGAGAAAUUCCACAGCGAGACCGAUUUUGGGUGUGACACUUGCGAUAAGCGUUUCUAUUCGCGUAAAAGUCUUAACUAUCAUAUGAAAUGGCAUAAUCCGGAAUUGUUGUUGCAGUGCGGGCACUGUGAUCGAUUGUUCAUUAAUCAACGGCAUUUAAAGUGUCACGAAGAGACGCACAACGGUGUGAGAAACAGUGAGUUUUGUACGUUUUGUGGGAAAACUUUCAUACACUUGAAAACGUUACGCUGGCAUUUGUACCGACAGCAUGGUGGCGAAAAACCAUACAAGUGUGGCCAUUGCACUGAGGUUUUCGCUUCAUACCUGGAAAAGCGCAUACACAUGCUGGAAAAUCAUUUGGAAAAUCUCACCACCCUUGAGCGCACCGAAUGUAUGCUGUGCCGCGAGCACUACGCGGAUGAGCAUGAAUUGAGUGAACAUAUACGAAGCAAGCACAUUGAAAGACCCAAAUCAUCAGUACUGCUAAUAUCGAACAAUAAACGGGUGGUACGAAACAAGCGUCAGAAAAGCUAUAGUGGCAUAUUCCAAUGUGAGAUAUGCAAGCAACGUUUCAAUAUGAAAUCUGCAUUGGAUCGACAUUCGGCUGUGCAUUCAAGCGUUGGGCGACCACAUAAGUGCCCAAUUGAGUCGUGUGCGAAACGUUUCAAGCGUGCGCAAGAUAUGAAUUGGCAUAUGAAGACGCAUUCGAAUGAGAAGCCGAAUAUCUGCGAUGUAUGUGGUAAGGGAUUUGCUCUGAAAUAUGUGCUAAAUCAGCACAAGCGGAGUCAUGAAGUUCUGGAGAAAAAUUUUAAGUGUCUGGUAUGUGGACGUGCCUAUCUCUUUGAGAAAUCAUUGCGUGUGCAUGAGCGUGUGCACACUGGUGAAACCUACUAUCGUUGCGACUUGUGUGGGGAGAAUUUCGUAACACAUAUGAAAUUCAAAACUCAUAUGAUGAAAAAACAUGAUCCAAGCACAACAAAUCUGGAUGACUAUAAUUUGGAUGUGUUUGAAGAACAAAUGUAUGAACCUUAGACUAAAAUUGAUGGACACAUACAUAUGUAUAUAUGUUUGUAUGUAUUUAUAUGCAUAAGAUAAUAUGCAAAUAUUGUAUGUUACGAUAAGGAUCCUCUGAAGACAUCGUCUGUGCUCUUGUAAAUUUUAACCAAGAAAAAAACUUUCGUUUUUCUAUUGCUCAAUUUAUAAUUGUUAAAAUUCACAACUCAUUUAAGACUUAAGUAUUUAGUGGAAAUUUACGAAUAACCAAUUUACUCCCUUCACUUUUAAUCUUAUGGUAAAAUCAGCUUUAUUUUAAAUGAAAACUUAUGUAGAGUUUUGAACUUUUCCUUAAUAGAAUUAUUAAAAGUGUUGUUAGAAAUUUGAAUCAGAAAAACAGCCAAAUGCGCACAAAAUACUUUUCGAAUCACUGUCUUCAUUAUUUUGAAAAUACUAAAUAAUGUAUGCAGACAAUAAUAACGAAUAUUAAAAUUAGAUUUUUUCAAAAAAAAAACUGAAAAAAUACAUAAAUAUAUUACACUUUUUUGAUAGUUUCGUUCUAAGUCAAUAGAAAACCAUAUUAAUUAUUUUUUUUAGUUUAAUUACAGAUAGAGCAAGAGCCCACUGCAGCUGGACAUACGUCAUUUUACAAAACUUGAAAAUUUGUCUGCGCACGUCACCAACAUAGGAAAGCACAGAGAUGCGACUAAUAUUAUAAUAUUGGGUAGUGGUUAUUUUGCCAGAUAGACCGCUAUCCAGAACGCACUUGGUGUAUGUAGGGAGCAUUUCUCCAACCUGCUGAAGUGACAGUGGAAAUACAACACCCGAAGAUGGCGAACCCAAAACCACAUUCGAUGAUGAUGGAAAAGAUUUCGAAAGAGCAAUAAAGCGGCUGCAGCCAGUGGCUGAAUUAUUUAAACCUGGCGGUGAAGAGCUAACAAGAUGUAUGCAGCAGCUUCUUUGCAGAAUAUGGUCAUACAAAAGCAUGCCCGACGAUUGGAACUUGAGUGUGCUCUGACCAAACGAUAAAGAGCGGAUUCCACGGUCUGCCCCAGUUACCAUAAACCAUUUUAAUUUUGCAUAUAUGAUCCAACGUGCGUAUUGUGUGAAACACUAAAGUUCGUCUUCAACAAGCUGAUUGUACCUUAUCAGUGUGGCUUUAGACUUGGUAAAUUAACCGUUGGUCAGAUAUUCACCAUGCACCAAGACUUGGAAAAUUAACCGUUGGUCAGAUAUUCACCAUGCACCAAGACUUGGAAAAUACUUUUCUAAAAAAAAAUCGAUACAGAUCACCUUUUCAUCGAUUUCAAAUUUGAGUUCGGCAGCACAGUAAGGCCCUGCAUCUACACCGCUAUGUCUGAAUGUGGUAUCGUCGCAAAACUUCUCUCCAAGUCGUUCGAUACCAAACGAGGUUUUUCUUUCUGUAGAACUAAAUAGACAAAGUGCAAUCUUUUACAAGCUUCAGCAAACCACGACACUGUUUACAGUAAUAACUUCGGGGUUCAUGAUGAUUUCGUCCAUCUAGGGACCAGCAUUAACACCAAUAAUAAGGUCAGCCUCGAAAUGAAACACUCUUGCUAACAGGUUUUACUUUGGACUUCGUAGGCAAUUGAAAAGUAAAACCUUCUUUCGACGAACAAAAAUCAAACCCUAUAAGUCCCUCAUACUUCCCGUCCUACUAUAUGUUGCGGAGAAAUGGACGAUGAGAACAUCCGAUCAGUCGGCGUUAGGAGUUUUCGAGGGAAAGGUUUUGCAUAAAAUUUAUGGUCCGCUACGAGUAGAAAACGGCAAAUACCGUAGCCGAUGGAACGAUGAGCAGGGUUAAUUAUAAGACGACAUUGGCAGAGUUCAUCGAAUAUCGAGAGUCAUUGCUUUUACAUGUAUUGGUGAUGUGCGCCGACAAACUUCUAUGAAAUGGCCUACGUCUGGCUCCAGUAGGGUCAUAGGCUAAGAGCUCAUAUGAACAUAAAAUUCUAGGCGUGUAAAAAUCGUAUUUUUACAUUUAUUUUUCUUUUAUACAGUUUUUUGAAUGGUAGGCGAGUUUUUUUGCGCACUUUUUCAUUAAAAUCGGUUUUAAUACUUUACUAUAUGAGUAUUGUCUUUAAUGAAAAAAGUGUGAUGAAUUUUCGAAAUUUCGUUUAUAUUCAAAAUAUUUUAGAAUAUGGAUGUUUUGGAUUUAGAAACCCGACAAAAAAAAGACUCUAGCCUUAAAACCUUGGGGAUUUCGUGUUAAUGUAUGUAUGUAUUAAAAGAAAUAUAU